CAUCAGCUGUGUUUGCUUGUGAACGUGAAUUUUGUUGCCUUCCUAGGUACAAAUGUACAUCUGUUAAUUGUGAAGUUCUUGUAUAUUGUGCACAGUAUUUUAUCCAUAUUUUUGCAGGAAAACAUCCCAUUUUGCAUAUAAGUACAAAUAUUUUCUGGAACAAAAUUACUUAGAAUCAGUGUAAAAAUAUAUCCUUGAGAAGGCGACUUAAUUAAUUAAACAAACAUAUUUUACUGUGAGUUCCAAGGCUAAAGUAAUAAAAGCAAAGUUUGUGACUAUUAUGACAUUAACAAACUCAUAAUGGGUGAGGAAAAUGACCACUACGGUAGAACGUCGAAUAAAAACGUACUGUUGAAGAUUGUUAUAUUGGGUGAUGGAGGAGUAGGGAAAUCAUGUUUAAUGAGCAGAUUCAUAUCGAAUCACUUCGACGAUCACAACUUUCACACGAUAGGAGUGGAAUUUAUGAAUAAAGUUGUUGAAGUUAAUGGCAAGCCUUACACAUUGCAGAUUUGGGACACAGCUGGCCAAGAAAGAUUCAAAUCUCUUAGGACACCUUUCUACAGAGGUACAGAUAUAUGCAUAUUGGCAUAUGCGAUAGAUGACCGCAGUUCAUUUAACAAUAUAAAAACUUGGUUAAACGAAUUCCUGCACUACGCUGGAGUCAAGAAUGGCAUUGAAAAAUUCCCUUUUGUCGUAGUUGGCAAUAAGUCGGAUGUGUCGUCAAAGGACAGGGAGGUAUCGUAUGAACAGUUGAAACAGUGGUGUGAGCAAAAUAAAAUCGGCACUUAUAUUGAGACAUCCGCGAAAACUGACAACAACGUUGUUGAAGCAUUCUCUUUGGCUGUUCAGAGAUGGGCUAAUUUAGAAGAGAAAGCGGAGAAAGAGCUUCGCAUGUUGCACCAUCCCGAUACAGUAACAUUACACGGUUCGAACACAAACAGCGGCUUCCGGGCGACUUGCUGCUCUCGGUUCAUGGACGUAUGAGUGAUUUUCCUAUGGCAUAAAGUGUACCGUACAGUUGCAACAGAUAACAUAUCAUGAGGUAUUAUAUACAUUGACAGAAACCAGAGAUGAAAUCUAUAGUUUUUUAUGUCAAAGUGACAUUGACAGCUUUUGCUAGAAAAAACAAGUGCUACAAGGUUUCAAAUAUAAAUUUAUAGUUUAACUUUAUCGCUAUAUACCUAUGAAUCCUGUGAUUUAAAUUGGAACUACAAUAAUAAAAUUCCGGGGAUUACAAGAAUAAAUUUUAUCUAUAGUAAUAUUAUAAAGCUGAUGAGUUUGUUUGUUUGAACGCGCUUAUCUCAGGAACUACUUGUCCGUUAUGAAAAAUUCUUUAAGUUUUAUAUGGGCUAUUUAUUGUGGAAGGCGUUAGGCUAGACAUGUACCAAGUGCGAAGCCGGGGCUGACCGCUAGUGUUAAAUAUAAUGAAAAUAUUAAUAUCCAAAAUUCCGACAUUUACAGUAAACUAAUUCAAAGUGAUGUUUAUAAGAUGGCAUUAUUUCAGAUUGACCAAUUAUUCCUUGUAGCACCUAUCAAAAAUAGUAUAUUUAUUUAUCCAUCAAUUGUAAAUGUAUCUACAUUGAUAUGCCGGGAUAUGCCGAAGCGAAAUAAUAAUUACAUUAUUUCAUUUGAUAUUAUGCUUCGAGUUUAAUAUGAUUGUAUAUAUGUAAUUAAUAUUUUAAAAUUGUUAAUUUUUGUAAUGUACUUAUACAUUAUGAUUUCGAGAGGACAGCAUAAGCUAAAAUUGUGUUUUAUAGUGCCUUAAACUUAUUGUGCUUCAGGACGUGUACUAAAUAAAUAGUGUGAUGUGAAGUCAAAAUAAUUGGAUGCGAUAGAAAAAAUCAUACAGAUUCUAAUCAUUUUUGUGUAAAUUUUCAGUACAGUCUUUUAAUAAAUCGCGUAUACUUAUUUUUAAACGACGUAAUGUACGCAUGUAUGCGUGCGGCUCUGUGUACCGACACAGCCGGCCGAGCCCGUUAAUUUGUUGAUUGCAUGUGUGCGUGCAUCAUUCUAGCUCGUUUAGUCCCAAUAAGCUUUCACAUAUUCGUACAAGCUUUACACGGUAGUCUAGUCUUUUGUUAUUUGUAGGUAGGUAAUAUUAUAGAAUCCUACAUUUUUUUCUGCAUGAAAUAAAACAAUUUUAAUUUGAGCAAUAAAAAAUUCGUUCGAAUGUAACUUUUCCGUAUUAUUUAAACAAUACAGAUAAAUGCAUCAGCAUUUUCUGAUAAGAUAAGAAAAUUAUCUGUGGAACAUUUUUAUUCAUUUAAUCUCUUGGUAAAUGCGUUUAAUGCACUGGAAAUUCAAGCCUUGUGAUUAUUAAUUAUCUUUGUUAUGCAAUUAUCACCCAUAAUGUUCACAGAUUACAUAAUUUUAUUGUAUUUUAUUAUUAUUUACUUUUGAAAUGGUUUUAUUAAUAUUGUAUGAACGCAUUUUAAACAUUCCAGAUUGUAUAUUUAUUAUUGUAUGCGAAUAUAUUUUAUUUAGAUAUAACUUAUAAAGGAUUUGAAACUCUGAGCUAUUAUUAAUUUUUUAGCAUUGAAAUGCUUUAUAAAUGAGAAAUUUUGAAAUAUUUGAAAAAAUUACUACGGUUUGGCAAAAAUACGCUGGUUUGAAUCCCGGCUCGUGAUCAAUUUUAUUCUAUUAUUUCAAAAUUUUUCACUCUUAGCUAUAAAUAUGUUAUUUAAAUGUAUUAUAAUUUGUGAUUUCGCCUUCAGGGGCGUUACUGUAACGUCUAAAGCAGUUCUCAUUCCAGUGUGGGAAAAAGACAGCUAUAUAUAUGGUCUAGCGCCAUCAGCUUCUCUUACUGGAAUUAGUACUGAUAGUCCGCGAUGAUGAAACCUUUAAGUAUUUAUUUUCACAUCGUUUCUUUACAUAAAAUGGUUAGUAAUGAACAACUGUAAUAUAAAAGUAAGUGCCUAGUUUCAUAUUAAGUAGUUACCAGAUGGAAACGAGGUGUGCACGUAAUUUUAUAACAUGGCGAAUAUUAAUUAGCACAAACGAAUGUGGGAUUUGUUAAUGGCCUUAUACUUGCUUAUCAAAUCUACCUCUGUGACGUGGUAUAUUGCAUAAUUUUUUAGUAGGUACGCGUUUGUCGUUUUUUACAUAUUAUAUCAGCAAGACGAUUGCUGAUUUGUGAAUACCGAUUUGUACUUCAUUAUUAUUACUUAUUAUCGUUAUAUAUUAAAUUUGACUAAUACCAACGCUGGAAUAUCUGGUAACUGGCGGUGAAAUUCGAAAUUAGUGAAUUAAAGUUUGUUCGCCUUAUUCACAUACAAAACGUUAUUAGCCUACUUAUGAAAUUUCAGUUUGACUUAAGAAAAAUAAAAUGAAUCUCUAUUUAUAUUCUAUAUUUUAAAUAUGAAUAAAAACACUAUGAUCAUGCUGAGAUUCCAAUAACCUUUUGUAAAAUUUCAUGAGUAAUUUUUAUAUAGUAUUGUCAAAAAACGAACACUGAAAAUUUUGCGAUAUGUAUAUAAGAAUAUUCAACGUCAUACUUCUAAAGUAGUUUUUACUCAUUGUUACAUACUGUUGUUACAUACUCUGUCCCGGUUAUCGAUCGAUCUUAAUGUAUUUAGUCUCGAAAUAUUAAUGGAAAUAAUCCGUCUAAUACCAACCUAACACUUUCUAUCGUAGAUAAAAAACUUAAGAAUGAGCAGGAUAGCUUAUACGAUAUUAUUGUAUUUCGGCGUAUUUCCAAUUCGGAAAAAAUCAAAUGUAUUCUAUCUUGCUCGCUCGAAUAGGUAUUUUAUUGCGGUAGGAAGGGACGGAGGACAUUUUUAUGAAUAUGGAGAUUUUGAUUGAAGUUAUCUUAAAGUGACUAAUAAUGUAAAUUCAACGAGAAAACUCUGAGAAAAUAAUAAUUACCAUGAUUAACUUAAAUAUCUCCCUUUUAUUUGCGAUCAGAUUAAAAUAAAUACUUUUAAAAUUUGGUUGUAAUAAUUAUAAAUCUAGAACUUAAGGAAAUUAUUGUAAUCUUGCACAUGGGCUUUAAUAUAAUGUAAUAACAUCCUUCAGUAUUUAUAAGGAAUUCAAGUUUUGUAAAAUUGUAUUUGCUUAUUAUUUGUUGUCAGUUGCUUAAAUUUUAUCGCAUAGUAUAAUAAAGAUUAGUAGCGUAUGUUCGUAAUUAAUGUCGACUUAAUUUUUUAUACAUGUGUUAUUUCGAAUUUUAGUCGCACCUUUAUAUUGCCUGUAGAAUUUACGUACCUAGUUGUAAAUUUAUAUAGUAAUUGUUAUUUAAAUGUUAAAUAUUUUUUAUUUGUUCGAAGGUUAGUGUUGCACAUAUUUAUGAUAUAGGUUAGUAAUUAUACUUUAAAUAGGUUGUGGGAGUUUAUAAAUAUUAAGAGGCAAUCACAUUGUAAUCGGCCAUCGAAAAAAAUUUUUAUUAGUUGACUUAACACAAGUUCACUGGAGAAAAAUGUAUGCAGUAAAAUAAUAUCGAAUCUAAUCAGUGAUUUGAAAAAUUAGAUAUUUUUAUGCAUGGAAACAAUAAUAUUAAUUAGUGUAUACGUAUAGUCAGUAGUUUCAUUGUUUUCUCAGCGUCCCGCCAAUUCCAAUCCAACAUUCCGGGUGAUUGACACACGUCACACUGACACAUACAGCCAAACUCGUUAAUUCGGUAUUAACUAUUAUGCAGUUUUUUUUUUUUAAUUUUGUGUCACUUCCGGCAAACGUAGGUAUGUAGAUUAAAAAUGUUAUAUUUAUUCGGCCGCGUAGCAGCACAGAAUGCACUUAUUUCUUAAGUUUGAAGUUUAAGCUGUGAUGUUUACCUAACCUUUUAUGGGAAUAAUAAUAAAAAAAAACAUGUUUAAUAAA